GGAAAUACAACAUUAUAAGUAUAUUAGGUAACAUAUUUGAACAUAGCUCUCUAUAAAGUAGAUAUAUAUUUAGAGAGAGAGAGAUGGGGAGGCAACCAUGUUGUGAUAAAGUAGGGUUAAAGAAAGGGCCAUGGACUAUUGAAGAAGACAAGAAGCUCAUCAACUUCAUCCUCACCAAUGGCCAUUGCUGUUGGAGAGCUCUUCCCAAGCUUUCUGGACUAUUGAGAUGGUCAAAGAUUGCCUCUCAUCUACCAGGAAGAACUGAUAAUGAAAUAAAGAACCAUUGGAACACACACAUAAAGAAAAAGCUAAGGAAGAUGGGUAUUGACCCUUUGACCCAUAAGCCUCUCUCUGAACAUGAAGCUUCACAACAAGCUCAAGGGAGCAAGAAAAGCUUCGGGCCUCAUGAUGACAAGAACCCAAAACAAGAUCAAGAAGAUCAACAAACCAAAGGCGAACAAGAGCAAGAUUUGGAGAAGAACAACACAUCAGUUUCUAGUGAUGGGUUUUGCAUUGAUGAAGUCCCAUUGCUCAAUCCACAUGAGAUCUUGAUCGACAUCUCUUCUUCUCAUCAUCAUCAUUCUAAUGAUGAUAACGUCAAUAUCAACACUAGUAAAUUUACUUCUCCUUCUUCCUCUUCCUCUUCUACCUCGUCUUGUAUAUCAGCAGUAGUACCGGGUGAUGAGUUCUCCAAGUUUUUUGAUGAAAUGGAGAUUCUUGACCUCAAGUGGCUUUCGUCGGGGGAUAAUAAUAGCAAAGACGGCAAGUUCAACAACACUGCUGAUACAAUGAACUUGUGGGACAUCAAUGAUUUGAGCAGCUUGGAUAUGUUUAUGAAUGACCAUGAUGAUGGUUUUGUUGGAAAUGGUAAUGGAUGUUCAAGAAUGGUUUUAGAUCAAGAUUCAUGGACAUUUGAUCUCCUCUAGCUAGCUUCUAGUUUUUUCUUGAUGUUUUUUAAGUAGAUUUUUUUCUUUGUUCUUAAAGUGGGGGAUUUGGGUUUGGCCUUGGUGUUGCAGUUUAGUGGAUUAUUAUGUACAAUACAUGUAAUAAAGAUUGCAAUUGUGGACAUUCGUUUCUCUGUUUUUUCCUUCACUAAUGAAAUAUUUUCAUAGGA